UAAGUUUUUCUUUAGUAAUAGAAGUUUACGUGGUAAAGGGGGAAGAAUCUCGCAUGGAAGAGUAGUGUACAAGUGUGUAACUGGAGUUAGAUACCGUUUUUUGGGAAGGAACAAGGAUGAAUCUCUCCAUGUUCUCUUCAAGAAAAUAAGAAAUUAUGUCUGUUCGUAUAUUAUCAAUGUGGUAGAUGGAGUAAGAUUUGCAUGCUAAAUAUAUGAUGCCUUCGUAAUAAUAGGAAAAUUCAGAACAGCAGCUAUCAGUGCUGUAACCUAACUCACUAGCUCAAUUUAUUUAUUUUUUGUAUAAAAAGAAUUUGUGCGGAGCAAAUUGCUGGAUAACAGCGCGAAAGAGCCAUAUAUUUUGCGGAUACAUAACCUGUGGUCAGGUUGGAUUAUCUUUAUUUUAUCCUAGUUCUCUUCUACAUAUUGCUCUGCAUCACUCCAUUAGUCAUGUCAAGAUCAUGACAUUUCUUAUACGAUGUUAGUGUAUUGGAAAAAACUCAACAGGACGAAGCUCAGGCUCCCACCUGGACCUCCAAGAUGGCCAAUCUUUGGGAACCUUCUCCAGCUGAGUCCUCUUCCCCACAAGGACUUUGCUCGCUUUUGCACCAAGUAUGGCCCCCUUGUUUAUCUUCGUCUUGGAACUAUCGAUGCCAUCACCACCGAUGACCCUGAAGUGAUCCGUGAAAUACUCAUCCGGCAAGACGAGGUCUUUGCUUCACGGCCUCGAACACUGGCUGCUGUUCACCUCGCCUACGGAUGCGGCGAUGUGGCCCUCGCUCCACUGGGGCCAAACUGGAAGAGGAUGAGGAGGGUUUGCAUGGAGCACCUGCUGACCACCAAGCGGCUGGAGUCUUUUGCCGCUCACCGAGCUCAGGAGGCUGAACACCUCUGCCAGUUCGUAUGGGCUAAAUCCCAGUCUGAGAAGCCCGUGAACCUGAGGGAGGUUCUUGGCGCCUUCUCGAUGAACAACGUGACGAGGAUGCUGCUGGGAAAGCAGUACUUCGGUCUGCAGUCAGCAGGCCCCGGCGAAGCCAUGGAGUUCAUGCACAUCACCCAUGAGCUCUUCUAUCUGCUGGGCCUGAUCUACCUCGGUGACUACUUGCCGGCCUGGAGGUGGGUCGACCCGUACGGGUGCGAGAAGAAGAUGAGGGAGGUGGAGAAGAAGGUGGAUGAUUUCCACCAGAAGAUCAUCGAUGAACACAGGAAGGCAAGGGAGGCCAGAAAGUCUGCAUCAUCCCUUGAUGAUGGUGAUGAUAGCAAAGAAGAGAUGGACUUUGUUGAUGUGCUCCUUUCCUUGCCCGGCGAGAAUGGGAAGGAGCACAUGGAUGAUGUGGAGAUCAAAGCCUUAAUGCAGGACAUGAUCGCUGCUGCCACGGACACCUCGUCGGUGACAAACGAGUGGGUGAUGGCGGAGGUGAUCAAGCACCCACGGGUCCUCCGCAAGAUCCAGGAGGAGCUGGACGCCGUGGUGGGCCGAGCCCGGAUGGUCUCAGAAUCCGAUCUCCCGCAUCUCCCCUACCUCCGGUGCGUGGUCCGGGAGUCCUUCCGGAUGCACCCAGCAGGCCCAUUCCUGAUCCCGCACGAGUCCUUAAAGCCCACGACGAUCAUGGGCUACGACAUCCCGGCCCGGACGAGGAUCUUCAUCAACACGCACGCGCUGGGCCGGAACCCGCGCGUCUGGGACGACGUGGGCCAGUUCCGGCCCGAGAGGCACAUGCCCGCGGACGGAGGAGCCCGGGUGGAGAUUAGUCAUUUGCCGGACUUCAAGAUCCUUCCUUUCAGCGCCGGGAAGCGCAAGUGCCCCGGCGCGCCGCUGGGGGUGAUCUUGGUGCUCAUGGCGCUCGCCAGGCUCUUCCACUGCUUUGACUGGUCGCCGCCUGACGGCGAGGAGAUCGACACCGAUGAGGUCUAUGGGAUGACCAUGCCCAAGGCCCUGCCGCUCUUCGCCGCCGCUCGCCCGCGCCUGCCGCCGGAGAUGUACCAUGGCUCGUCGUGUCCGAGCCAUGGCAAGCAGACCAUGUAAUGAGCUCGAGCAAAGGAUGGAUGAUCCCUAUGAUUAAGUAGUACCAAAAGAAUGGUGAUCGAUUCGAAUGCUUGUGUAACUCACAUAUCAAUACAGAAACAAACGGCCCUUCAUUGGUCUUGAUCACCCUAA